AUGAAUAAUACAAAUAAUUUAUUGUCUCCUAUACAAGUUGUAGCUAAAUAUAAAUUUGAAGGAAGAAAUAAUGAUGAACUUUCUUUCUCCAAAAAUGAUAUUAUAACAGUUACACAACAAUUGGAUGGUGGUUGGUAUGUUUUCUGUUUUGAAUUUUUUGAAAAUUUGGAAGAAAAUUGGACUAAAAUAAAUUAA